UGUCAAUGUCAAACAGAAUUCUGCGGCGACGCCAGCCGCGAAAUUAAAAUCCCUAUCCUUACUGCAACAGUAUUAAUUAUUAAUGCUAAAGGUUUUUAAUUUACAACAAUGAUCUACGGAAAAAUACACAGGAACUUUCUGAGAUCCAUUGCUGGACGAGGUGUCUUAAGUUUACAUGAAGCGACAAACCUUUUGAAUACACUCAGUGAAGGGGAAGUGCCUUCAGUACAGGACAUAGUAAAGGAUAUCAAUCAUGAGAUCAGGCCUUUUCAACAAGCCAUAAAAAUAACUAACGAUGAACUGACUGAUGAAGAAGUAGUGGUAUUUCUGUCUUUAGGAUAUGAUGAUGCAACAAAAUCACAAAAUGUAUUCAGUGCCACUGAGUUGGAGUACUUCAGAAUAUUAAUCGAACACAUUAUGACAACAGAGGCCAGGCAAAUUACUGGUAUAAAUGCAAUGAACCUGGUUGGAGGAAUGAAAGCAUCUUUUACUAAAACAGAUGCACAAAAACUUUUGAAUACCUGGUGUCGAAUGCGCUAUUUAGAUAAAGACCAGAACAACUAUGCACUCGGAGUGAGGGCUAUUCAUGAAUUUGAAGGAUACCUUCGUCAGAAUAUGCCAGAUACCAUUGAAGAAUGUUGUCUGUGCAAACAAAUAGUUUUCAGAGGUUUUAAUUGCCCAUCAUGUGCACUGGCUGUCCAUACAAGGUGUCUGAACAAAUACCUAGAAAAGGUGGUGAAAUGGCCUUGCUGCAAGACUGAUUUUCAUGUUUCACAACUUGAGAGACUUCAUAGUGCAGAAAAUUCCAGAUUAUGUCAAUCUCAGCGAUUAGAGAAUUCCCAUGAGAACGAACAAAGCACUGAAGUCAACGAAACCCAGGAGUGUACCGAAGACAUCCAAACUAAACAGGAGAUCAUUCCGGAGAUAUCACAGCGAGUCACGAGAAAGAGAAAGAUGCAGUGCGAGUGAAAGUGGUAUUAAUAAUUAUUUUUUUACUGUAGUUAAAGGUAGAAUCGUUGUUCCAUUUGUGUUGAGUACUUUUGAAAAGGAUUUUCUUGGCAUGUAAAAUAAUGUCGUUUUUUUAACUUUGAUUAAAGA